AUGAGUCAGCAAGCCGAACAAGAUUUUGUACAGGAAUUCCCUGAACAGCUAGGAGAAGAAGAGUACAAAGAUGAGGAAGAGCAGUUUCGUACCGCCCCCCCUGUGCUGUACGACAGAUAUCCAGCUCCCAGUGGUCAAGAGUUCUACGAUGAGGAAAUUGAGUAUGACUUUGCUGCGGCUUACCAGAAACAAGACCAGUACGGUUACCCACAAGAAACAGGAAGGCAACAAUACGAUCAGUACCGUCAGUUCGGCUAUGGUGCUGAUGAUUACAAUGUUCCGCCGUUCCAGCAGUACGAUUACGAGCAGCAGGAUUACUCUCAACAAUUGCAAGGUCGGAGAGGUUACGAAGAACAGACUGGCUACGACCAGCAGGGUUACGAGCAGUCAGAAUCCUACAGUCAACAAGUUCCUUAUGAACGGUCAUCAACAGGGUUUAGAAGAGAGCAGUCGAGAAAUCAAGCACCUCGCCUUCCACUUCAUCGAAGACCACCUGAACGUUACUAG